AUGGCAGAUGACGACGAUCAUCAUCACCUCCGUAAUGACAUUUCGAAUGAGACACUCGCUUCUCUAGUCGGUCGUCCAAUGUCUUCUGCCAACAGCCAACGUCAACGUGCUCUUCCAUCCAGAAGACGUCUUGUGUCGGCACCAACUAAUCCUAGAUGGUCCCCGUCGGCAGAUGACAGAAGACUAUUCUCUUAUGUUGAAUCUAUGAGAUCUGAUAGUAACUCGAGUAGCAAGUCCCCCUCACCACCGUCAGCCAAAAUGCAGAAAAGACCAAAUGGACCGUACUCGGUCAGGAGUCGACAGCCUCGCGGUUCUCCACCCAGCGACGGAAGCGACAAAAUUCACAGAUUCGGUGAAAGCCCGACACCCGGUGGACACGGUGGAAGUGUAUUCGGAUCAGAGCUCGACGACUUGAUUAUCGAUGAGCUGAUGGGUAUGGAGGAGGAGGAUCAGCACCGCAGUGGCAGACCUGGCACACGACCGAUGACGAUUGGCGGUGAGAAAACAAUGUCAAUGGCCCGCCCGAUUCCUGGAGCAAGCAGUCGAGCCGGAUCAGGACAUUCUGGAAGUCCAAUCACUAUUCCGAGUGUUAUGUCCAACAGUUUUAGACAGGUUGUUUCAAGUUCGGCGCCGACAAGUUCGAUCGACAUUGAGAAGAUGAUUGGCGCCGUUUCGAACGGUGGCCAAGGCGCUGGCGGUGGCGGAGGCGGUGGCGGAGGCUCCGGUGGCGGAAGUAAUGGAGAUCCAGAGGAUUAUUAUAGGGACCGGAGGAAGAAGGAUAUUCACAAUAUGAUUGAACGCCGCCGACGAUACAACAUAAACGACAGAAUCAAGGAAUUGGGACAAAUGUUGCCAAAAAAUACAUCUGAAGACAUGAAACUGAACAAGGGCACGAUUCUCAAGGCGUCUUGCGACUACAUCAGAGUCCUUCAAAAAGAUAGAGAACACGCUCUGAAACAUCAACAACAUCAUAAGAGUCUUGAGAACACGGCACAGAAAUAUGCGGACCGAGUGAAAGAGUUGGAGGACAUGUUGGCCAGACAGGGUGUUCAAGUGCCACCAUCCCACCUCCCGCCCAUCCCAAAAUUUAUCGAGAGACCAAUUAAGCAGGAAAUCGACGAGUCACCACCAAACCACACACCAACCGGAUCGUUUGUGUCCACCUCGGGAUUCUUGUCAGAAGUGACGAACAACACCGCAGCAAUGCAAAUCACAUCUCCAAACGACUCACGCUCAUUCAUGAACAACUCGGCGCCGUCGGACAGCUUCUUUUCCGUCGGUUCGGCUAGUCCGCCAGAUUACAGAACGAGCGGCACGACUACAUGGAAACUUCCAGGCGCCGGCAAUGGCAACGCCUUCUCCGACCUCAUGAUGGACGAUCUCAAUCCAAUGAUGAACGGCGACCCACUCAUCUCGUCGGCAUCUGGUGCCCAUCCGUCUCCACAUUUCCAUAGUUCACAAAUGUCUCCAGAUAUCCAUUGGGAUGCAUCAGGCUUCUCACCAGACCCAAUCAAUCCACAACAAUCGAAUUCCGGCCAUUACCACAUGGAUUUCUCGUAA